CAAAUUGUUUUGAGUUCAUUACUGAAAAGCGAAUGGUUCCCAAAAUGGUUCAAAGUAAAUCAGUAUUUUGAAUACAUUUAAUUAAAUUUGAAACCUGCUGUUACAUCAAAUCUUCGAUGGUUGUUUUAAAACCAGCAAUAGUUUCAAUUCUAUCUCGAGGGUUGACUACGAGUAGAAAUGUCUUUUCACCGCAACCCGAUUCGCGGCAAGCAGAGCUUAUGGCACGAAGCCUCCCGAAACGACUACCGCUGGACGGUGUUCGCGACAUCGUGGUGGUGUCCUCCGGCAAAGGAGGAGUAGGCAAAACCACAACGGCAGUUAAUUUAGCGGUAGCUCUAGCCGGCAAUGGCAAAACGGUUGGUAUUCUAGAUGGGGACAUAUUUGGACCGUCGGUCCCGCUGAUGAUGAAUCUAACGGAACAACCCCUAAUUAACGACCAAAACCUGAUGCUUCCACUGGUGAACUACGGGGUGAAGUGUUUAUCCAUGGGUUUGCUGGUAAGCACCGGUCCAGUUGUAUGGCGAGGUCCACUAGUAAUGUCUGCCAUACAGCGGCUACUGAAAGGAGCCGUUUGGGGACCGCUAGAUAUACUAGUGGUAGAUACACCUCCCGGGACAGGUGAUGUACAUCUCUCGCUGAGUCAAAAUGUUCCGAUAUCGGGCGUUUUGUUAGUGAGUAGUCCGCAGCUUGCUGCGCUACAAGUCACUAAAAAGGGUGCUGAAAUGUACAAGACUCUGAAGGUACCACUGAUCGGGUUGGUAGAGAACAUGAGUCACGUUGUUUGUGACAAAUGCGACAACCGUAUCAACCUAGCGAGGAAUUGCACUGCACAGUUUGCCAGCGAACUUGGCCUGGAAGUGCUUGAAAGUAUUCCAAUGGAAAAAGAAGUAAUGCAAAACGGAGAUUCUGGAACGCCACACUUUCUCAAAUACCCAUCCUCGAAGUUUGCCGAUGCCUACCGGAAUUUGGCAGAAAAAGUUAUAUAUUUUUUAGAAAAUAAACAACCGGCAGGUUAGUGUGUAAGUUA